AUGCAGCGAGGCCUCCGCUGGAUGCUUUUACUUCCCUUUUUGGCUUUAUGCCUCCUUCUUGUUUUGUUCAUUCCCUACGGGUCUGAUACAGCCAAGAACUAUACGUUUGGUACAGUCUUUUACGUCGGCUUGACGAACUUCAAUCUGCUUGUUUUAGAAGAUCCAUACGUGGAGCAUAUACGAACUAGGAUGAAUAGCAAUGGAGAGAGAACUUUCCCGAAUUUCAGCCUGCUUUCUUCACCCGAGAGGAUUCGGUGGUGUCUUAGUAAUGCCUAUUCAACCCGGGGAAUCGGUUGGAAUUGGGGCACUGCACGUCUUCCGUCAGCCCCUCCAGCGGGCUUAUCCAAGAUGUCCUUUUUGAAAUUAGCGGUGAAAACAAUUUUGGAGCAGUAUGCCAUUCACGAUAUUGCAGCAGCCCUUCUUCUUUGGUUAACCGAAGGAGGACGAAAGAGUAUACUCGACAUGGAUUUCGCUCUGCGAAGUUUGGCGACCGGUUGCUGGUGGGCAUCAACAAUUGCGCCCAUGGACAUUGUCUACCACAUUGUGUGUUUGGUCGGUGUUAUGUCUGGCCUUUUCUGGAAUGUUAUCGAAGAGGCUCAUCCUCUGAAAGUUUCUGGAAUCGCACAUGGCACCAAAACUUCCGCAGAGCACUCCAAAUCCCAAGUCGCUUUGUCGCCAGGCACAUCGUGUGUACUCCGAAAGGCACAUUGCUGA